AUGCCCUCUUCCACCCUACCGCACGACAACCACCUUCAUUCCGGGCCCAAUCCGCCUCAAAAUACGCCUGCCUCCGCCCCCAUUCUCUGCCUGCCAACAGAACUGCUCCUCUCGAUUCUCGAGCGCUGUGUCGAUGACAACCCAGGAGAAGACGAUGAACCGCUUUCCGUUCUGGCUAAGGACCAGUGGUUGAGUCUUUCUACCGUCUGCUCCCACUGGCACGGUGUUAUCAUAGGGACACCGAUGAUUUGGGCAGACAUCAAUGCCUGGUCGAUACCCACACAACAAGACGCUCGUGCCGUUGAGCUGGUCCAGCGCGCUCUGCUGCGCGCCGAGAAUGCCCCGCUCCGCCUCAAUCUUGAUGUGGUACAAACCUAUCACGCCCAAACGGGCCAGCCCAUCCGACGCCAAAUCCUCGCUGUCUUGCGCGCGACUUCAGAGCGUUGGCAAUCGCUCUCGCUGCGUGUUGACCCUUGUCAACUCCUGGACCUCGCGCCUAUGCGCGGGAAACUGCCUCUUCUUGAGCGGCUAGAGCUGUCCCGCAGUAACAAUGCCAACGACAGACAAUUCUUCGCAGCCUGCAAUCUCUUCGAAAUCGCCCCUGCCUUGCGAAGUCUUACAUUUGAAGACUUCCCUCCUCGCGUUGCGUGGCACCAGCUCACAGAAGUGCGCCUGAACAUCACCUUUGGAUUCUAUGGCCAUUUCCAUAAGGCUGUUUAUAAUGCGCUCGCGUUUGUCGAGCACUGUUCCGCUUCAUGCAGCGUUAUGGUCUGGGACAUCAACCCUCCUUACCACCGGGACCAGCAGAAACUUGCCGACUGGCCUACCCAGCCGCUAUUCAAAUCACCAAUCAGGUCAUUUACUCUGGCGCCUUCAAGUUUCUCCAGCGACGACGAGCAAGUCCAGUUGGCAGGGCGCAUCCUCCGCCUGCUGAGCCUCCCGAAUCUUACCGAGCUAAAGCUCCAGUCGACGUGUCCCGCGGCCAACUUCUGGGACCCAGCCGCUUUCGCCACGUUCACUCGUCGCUCGCCAAAUAUCACCGUCUUGCAUCUACGGCAGACCUAUAUAUCUUCUCCCGCGCUCCUCCAGGCGCUCCGCCAAGUGCCGUUAUUGGAGGACCUUGCUGUCGAAGACCUGCACCAGAAGGAGUCGUACCAUUUUGCGGUAACCGAUGAGGUCCUGCGCGAGCUGCUCGAGCCCAGUUUGGCGCGGAACCUUUGCCGCCUAGAAAUUAGGUCUUUCGUCCAAUUCGACCAUGAUCUCCUGCUCCAAGUUCUCAGGCUCCACGCGCAGCGGACUGGCACUGCCAGUGGUGGGAAUUUUGUCUUCCGUGCUGUAGUGCUGGCGAUGACGAAGGCUGAAGCGGAGUAUGGCGCACGGGCGGAUGAAGGGAGACGCCGACUUGCGGAGACACUCGAGCAGGGCUAUCGAGAUGGUUUGCGGUUCACAAUUGACGUCGAUGUAGUGUAG